AUAUAUAUAUAUAUAUAUAUAUAAAUGCAGAGGAAGCCGACCAGUGUAGUAGCAGCCUCAGUAGCAGUAGAUGUCAAUAUACACAAGGGGAAAAGCAAGAUUCUCCGAUACAACACAACAGGCGUCAAUCGAAUUUCACUUGACGGAGAAGAUUUGGAGGAUGUAAAAACCUUUACAUAUCUGGGCAGUAUCGUUGGUGAACACGAUGGAUCUGAUGCAGAUGUGAACGCGCGGAUAGGCAAGUCAAGAGCAGCAUAUCUACAACCAAAGAACAUCUGGAAGUCAAAACAACUGUCAACUGCCAAUAUCAAAGUCAUAAUUUUGAAUACAAAUGUGAAGACAGUUCUACUGUAUGAAGCGGAAACUUGGAAAACUACUAAAGUCAUCGUUCAGAAGAUAAGUGCUUAUCAAAAUACUUCAGAUGCGUUAGCCAGGCAUUAUCAAGAACAACUUAUUGUGGGAGAAACUAAUGUAUCACAAAAUUAUCAUCUACCAAAAGAGUUUUAAUCCAAGAACAGAAGAACAGUCAAGAAAUAUACACGCUCAAUUUAAUGACGAUUUCAUAAUAACUUGAUAUGGUUUUUCAUUGAUUUAAGUUUAUAGAUGAACUUUAUCAAAAAUCUGUUUAAUAUUUUAUAAUUUUUUCAGAAUUAUAGUCAAUGAGGAUUAUUCUUGUCCUCGUAUAUCAUCAUAGUCAUUGGAUUCAUCAGAAACUGAGGUUAUGUUAUUCAAAUAAAAAUAGCUGUCCAUUAAUCUACUUAUAUAUAUAUAUAUAUAUAUAU